UUGAAAAGGUUGUUUCCCUUUUGGGAGGGUUGUUUUCUCACUUCACUUUGCAGAACACCCUUUUGUCUUGAAACUUCAAUCAUUGAAGUAAUUGAAUUAAAUCAUUUUUUUUCUUUUUAUAUUCUUGUUCAUUCUUUUCUCUACUAAAUCCAUCCCUUUAAGAAGUUGAGUUUGUGCCCUUCUCUCUCUAGCUUUCUCUCCCUCAAAAAAAUUUCAAUGGCAUGCAUGAAAUUCAAAUAUCUGCUGGCAUUGGAGUUUUUGUUAUUACUAACUUUGAGUCCACUCCAUUUCAUGGUUGAAGGAAGACAAAUCUCCAAACUGUCUAAUGAUCUCACAAUGAAAAUAAGUGAAGAAAAGGUGCUCAAAAUGAGGCUAUUGAUAGGAUCAAAGCCUCCAAGAUGUGAUGGUAAAAAACGUAAAUCUUGUGGCAAUUGCGAGGCAGUUCAGGUUCCAAUUGUGACACCAAAGAAAAUCAUUUUCCAAAAACAAUUAUAUUCUCCAAGAAUUAAUAUUAUUGCAUAUUCAAGAGGAGAUUACAUUUCGAAUUAUAAGCCAAUGUGUUGGAAAUGUAAAUGUGGAGAUUUAUAUUUCAGCCCUGGAGAGGCCUAAGAAAUCCAACAUCUAUAAUUUUUGUAUUUUAAUUAUGUUU